AUUGACUCACAAGAUUCAUAUGAUGAAGCCCCUUUUGGUUCUGCGAUAUAUUCAAAACAGAUAAGUGAUUCAUUGAUGAGGCAAAGUCAAUACUACCAAGAUAUGUCUGCUUUAUUCUCCACGAUCGAAUUCGCACCCAUUGAACCAGAUAGCGAUGAUGAGGUUGUUACUAUGACCAAUGCAUCUUCUAGCAAGGGAACGUGGCGUAGUUCGCGUGCAAGAACCAAGAUAAGUUAUAAUUAUCCUCGAUACUCUUAUUCGAGUAGUAAACGUCCAAAGACACGACGAAAAAAGCUUACAACUC